AUGAAAUUCUGGGGUAGCAAGAACACCACGAAUGCAAUGCAAGUGGCCAGUGAAGUGGUUGAAAGCGAGUUCGAAACGAGGUUUACUUGUAACCGAAUAGUCCAUCGCAAAACUGAAGACCAACAUCAUAUUAUGGCGCAACUCGAAGGAUUAUGUUAUAUUUUGAUAUUUUAUCAAUUUUCAAAGUUUUGCUAUAAUGCAUGUCUCAUACCUACAUUGUGCCACAUCGUACAGUUAACAAUCCUUAAUCACAGACUUGUCAUCAGCCUGUACGCCAAUAUAUUUUUACAGGCUUUAUCUGAAGACGUGGACAAUGAAUCCAGAAUCAAUACAUUACGUGGAAAAAUACCGACAAUUUGUAACAAUCUAUAUUUCAAGACUGUUUUUGUAUUAGUAUAUCAUACAUUGUUUGUUUGCACUUGGAUGGUUUCGUUGGUUAACGAGGAAAAAUUAUCACAGUUGGAGAAUGGUACGUGGUGGUUCAUUUCGUUCAUAGGCGAAAAAGUACCAGUAAUAUCGCCACAAGCCUCUUUCUGGAUUAAGAUUGUCAAAUUAGGUCUACCGCAAUUGUUGAUUUUAGAUCUCGUAAUCUUAUUUUUACAACUAAUUUUGCUACAAUGUAUUUUUAAGCAAAGUUCUGUUUUUAGAGGAGGAAGAACAAUGGGCGAUAAGGAAGUGUAUUUGAUUAGAAGUAGGAACUCGGGAUACGAAGUUCAAGGAGACGAUAGUUUGGAAGAUUAUGGACAGGGUGUUAUCCUUGCUUUAAAAGUGCGACUAUAUGAAACUUUUCAAUUUGAUUCUUUUUCCACAUAG